GUGGUGGCUGUGCCGAGUCAGGAGAGGGACGAGGCCGAGCAAGAGCGAGGGUCAGUCUAGAAUGGAACGCUGACGUGUGCACAGUGCCAUCCUCAUUGUUGUUCUCUCCUCUUGCUGUACUCCUCGGCCACCAUGCCUUCCAGAUCGGAGGAUAUACUAGAAGGCUUCAAGAUAAACUGGAUGAACCUGCGAGAUGCAGACUCUGGCAAAGUUCUCUGGCAAGGCACUGAGGACUUUACCAACCCAGACAUAGAACAUGAGGCUCGGGUGCCUAGAAAAAUACUCAAGUGUCGGGCAGUCUCUCGAGAAAUCUCUUUUUCUUCAGUGCAUGCUAUGGAAAAGUUCAGACUGGAGCAGCGGGUAUAUUUCAAGGAUCGCAUGUUGGAAGAGUGGUUUUUUGAGUUUGGCACUGUGAUUCCCAACUCCACCAACACCUGGCAGAGCUUGAUAGAGGCAGCACCUGAGUCGCAAAUGAUGCCAGCCCAAGUCCUCAGUGGGAACGUUGUGAUAGAAACAAAAUUCUUUGAUGAUGAUCUUUUGGUGUCAACAUCGAAAGUACGGCUUUUCUACGUCUGAUUCAGCUGUUCAUUCCUACGUUUACUUCAGAUGGGUUCUUCAUCUGCAAGGUCCUUCAGCACUUUGCUGGAAUUCACUGCUGGCUAUGUCACUUCUGUCAGGUUUAUAUGGUAGUUUCCCUAUUAUUUUUAUACUAAUUCUUAUGGUUUUUGUAACACUCCAAUGAAGAAAGCUGUGUUAAGAUAGUUUUGUAAAAUAUAUACGUAUAUAUAUGAGAAAUAUGAUUUAAUGUAUAUAAGUGUACUUAUCUUCCUUUGUUUGCCCACUGGCUGCCUUAUUCACUGGAGUAUAGUCGUAUUGCUCUGUAGUACUUUCUGUGAAACAGCUAAAGUACCAGUGAGGAGUUAGCUAAGACAUUUUAUUUUGCUGGUACAGAACCAUGCUCCCUUUGGCACAAAUGUGACCUUAUUUCCUAAUCAUCUUUCACUCUUAAUGCUAUUUUUGAACAUUAUUCCUGCAUAAUACUGUACACCAUAGUGUAAAAUUACUGUUCUAUGUUGAAUAUAAGGAUUACUUUAGUAGGACACUGUGUGAUCUUAUCAAGGUGCCAUGGGGAACAUUAUGGUGUUGAAUCCCACAUGUGUGGACUACCAUCACCUCAUCAACUGAAAAAAAUGUGAUUAAACUGUUAGGACAGUAUUCAAAUUGUAAAUUGUAUUUUCCAAUUAUAUAAUUGUAUGAUAUUAAUUAAAUUUGUAAUUUUUAUUUGCACUUUUCAAACAAUUUGGAAGUGGUGGUAUAUAAUUGAUAAACAAUUGUUACAAGCUCCACAACAUGUAAGGAGCCUAUAUUCACUUGUACAGCUUAAUAGCCUGCAUUUCUGAUCCCAUAUUCCAUUUCCUUUUCCUUUCCAAAAAUUAUGAAUGCAUUUAUGUGGAAUCCAUCACACUAGUUACAUUCAUAUCAAUUUAUAAUAGAAAGCAAGGCUUAUACAGAUUGGUGUAAAAGAAAGAAAGAUGAUUUUAUAAGAUGAUGUGUAUUCCACCAAAAUUAGUUCUUUGAGGUUGAUAAAUUUCACACCAGUUGUGGUGAUUGUGAUAAAAUGUGACAUUAAACAUUGUUGUUUGUUGUAUUUUUGGUCAAUAUUAUGCAAAUUAAUAGACAUGUUCAUUUUAUAAUUUGUAUAAAAAGUGUAAAUUAUAUUUUUGUGAAAUGUUUACUGUUGAAUCAUCAUUGUUUUGUGUUUCUCUACUGUCAAAAUCAUCAUAAUAUUGCAUACUUUGUCAAGCUGAAUAAUCUUAAUUUUAAGGUGAAUUUCUCAGGCAAAAGCCAUUUUAAUGAGCAUGGAAAUUUGAUCAUUAAUGGGAUGCAGUUUUUAGUAGCAUAAAUGAGGAAGGAAUAUCUUUUCAAA